UCUGAAUGUUGAGCUUUAAGCCAACUUUUUCACUCUCCUCUUUCACUUUCAUCAAGAGGCUCUUUAGAGUUCCUAUCAAAUACCGCUCUGUAAGCAGAAGUGGGCAUAUCUUAUUAGCUUCCAACUUGGGGCAAGUGCUACUCUUAAUUUUAAUCAUGCAAGCCUCCUUACUGUCUACAAAAUGAAUCUGAACUCUUAGAAUGGAAUCAAGACCCUUCAAAUCUAGCCCUGGCUUUAGUCUGUCCGUAGUCCUCUCAGCAAGCCUUCACUCUCCCUAAAGGAAUCAGAGGUUGGGUCUCAGGUCUUGGGAGGGGGCCUGGCAAGGCAAGGCAGGCCUGUCCUAGAAAGCCAGGGUUUCUAUUCAAGUUAGUGAGAUGGGGAAUAAGAUGAGAAUGUUCUAGGCAUAGAGGUGGGGCAGUCUUGUUCUCAAGAAUAAGGUACAAGCCCAGAUACUCCAGAGCCCUUGAGGAUGUGCGUGAGGUUGACUCUGUGCCUGUAGAGAGAAAGGAUGCAGAGCUUGGUGAUGCUCCCUGGCUGUGACUUAAGGAACCCAAGACCAGAGAAGUAAAGUGAGUUUGGCAUCCAAAGUCAUAUUCCUCACUGGCAGCAAAUCUAGGCUUAGAGCUCCAUUCAUGUGAUUCCCCCAGGCUAGGGGUAGAGUGUUCCCUCUCUGGGGUCUUCACACAGUCACUUUGGGGGCUCUCCGUUUCUCUGGUGGUGCUCUGUGUGCUCUGGGAGCGAGGGAUUAAGGAGGAGGCAUUUAAUGCAGGCAGGUGUGCAUUUUCCAGUUUUUUAUUGACAGGUUCUAGGGUAGGAUUUUGAUGGAAAAAUCUGCAGCUGAGAGAAAGCCUGCCAAUGACCAUUACAAUUUCUAGUCCUCUCUGAAGAACUGGAGAAUCCAGAGAAUAAAAGCCUGGAGUUCAACAGCGUGGCGCUGGCACACAAAUCUAUCAGAACAGGACAGAUUCUCCACAAACGAUGACAACACAGAGCCAGGUUGCCCUGAAGACCAUGAACUUGUCUUCUGAGCACUGCAACAUGUCAGAUUGGCUGAGGCUGGAAGCAACUGUGAAGGUCUCCGUGUACAUGGUGGCUUUCUCCUUCGCCACGCUCAUCACGGUCAUCAUUAUCACCAUCAUAUCACAGAAUUCAAAACUGAGGAAAGAGGUUCUAUACAUCCUCCUCUGUCACCACCUGCUGUGCAUCUCCUCCUACUGUGGCCUGGGGGUGGUUUUCCAAGGGAUGCGAGCCUUCCUGGCCAACAGCCCCGUCCUGGUAUGCUGGGUGGUGUUUGGAGUACAGCUGAGUGUUGGAGAAGGGAUCCUCUUCACUCUGGCCUUGAUGGCUGCCCAUACGUACCUGAUGAUCUGCUGGCCCUUGACAUCUGUGUCCUUUAUAGAUUCCAUUAAGUAUAAGAUUCUGGCUGGGACUUGGCUCAUUAUUAUACUGAAGAAUGCUUGCCUCUUCCUCAUAGAAGGCACUGGCCCUACUCAGAUUGCUCUUUUAAAAUCUGAACCCCUUUGCCCAGUGGUCUUGAAUGGCAUUCCUGCCAGAGCCAUUGGCAUGGUUUUCCUUUUCCUUCUUCUGUCUAUCAUUCUUGUAAGUUACUCCCUGAUAUACAAAGAAGGGAAACGGGCUGGCCAUUUUAAUAGGUCAAAUAUCAAAGCAAGGAAAACAGUCCUUAUUCAUUUAGUACAAUUGGGCUUGCAUAUAAUACCAACUCUGUUAUUCAUCAGUUUGGGAAAGAUGUGUGGAGUGUUUUUCUUUGCUUUAAAUCUGGUGCUUUUUGGAGCCUUUGCCUUUGCCCAGUGUUGCAACCCUCUGAUCUACGGGCUCUGGAAUAGAGAGUUGCAAAGCAGAUUAUACCACUGUAUGUGCCGUCAACUGUGGUGUGGUCACCAUGGUGUGACUAGCAGAGUGUCAGUUUAAAUAAAACUUCAGCCGUUUUGAAUUAAUAACGCUAGUCCUAAUGGACCACCAGCUAGGGUUGAGCAUCUACUAUUCUCUCAACCUAAAAUUGAUGCCUUGAUUUGAUUUUGAGAGUAAUAUCAGUAAAUCAAAGUUAUCCAUCUGACUUACAAACUUUGACUACUGUGUCCACUGAAUUGGACUCAGAGAAAUCAUUUUAUGUCUUUAAUUCUAUACCCAGAUUAGCAUUUUGGGUAACAUGCCUCAUUGUGUUUCAGGAGUUGAGCAGUUUUUUUGGUGAAUGCACUUGUUUUUAGAAACCAAGAAACUGACCAUGGUUGAUAGGGAGAGAAGUUUGGCUGUUUCACUUAUAUUUAGUAGGGGCAGGUUUGGCUCCAUGUGAUAACAAGUCAGCAACAAAAUGAGAGUGACUUUAAAAAGUUAGAGGUUGAUUUUUUUCCUUAUGUAAAAGAAAUCUGGAGCUACACAAUCCAGGCCUGUGUGGUGACUCUGCAGGCCACAGAGAUGAUUCCCUUCUGCUCUGCCAUGAUUAGUGUACUACCUCAUGGCCCAGGAUGGCUCUUAGUGCUCCUGUCAUCACGCUCACACUCCAGCCAACAGGAAGGAGGAAGGGACACAGAAGUCUCUGUACCUUCCUUCUAAAGACACUUUUCAGAAGUUGCAAAACACUUUCUCUUACAUCUAACUGGCUAAAUUUUAGUCAUUUGGCUAUGACCUAGCUUUAAGGGAGAGUAGCAGUGUAGCAGUGUUCUGUUAAAAGCUGGGUUUCUUAAUACUAAGAAAAUAAGUAAGAGGAGAUAUUGGAUAACAAAAUUAUUUCAGGGACCAUUUUUCUCUUGACCAAAUAGAAUACAAAGAAAGACAAUGGAUAGAUUAUGAUCAUCAUAAACAUAUACUCUACCUUUUAAAAUGAUAUGUAGAUACAGAGUUAUCUGUUCUGGAUCCCAGAAAACUUUAAUUGUAUUAUGUCAAAGAGAAUGGCAUCAACAAAGAGAUCACUAAACUGGUUUAAACAUGGGAACUCAUAAUUUAAGCCUAAGUAAGUUUGGGGCCAUAGUAUGAAAUAACUUCUUUCACAGAAGUCUCCAUAUGAUAUUUAUUUAGAUAAAACACCGAUUUCUGAAUCAGUCAGGAUUCAGUCUAGAAACAGGAAUUGUUACCAUAAAUAUAUUGCCCCAUAAAGAUUUAAUACAGGAAUUGGAUGCAUACAAGUCAUUGAAAGGGCUAGGGAGUGGAAAUCAGGGGACAGCAUUUAUGGAUGUUAAGAGCCAACCAAUGCAGCUAUAACCUGAAGGUCAGGCAGGCGCUUCUUCCACUGCCUGCCCCGCCUCACCCUGUCCCCUCAUGUUACUCAUGACUGUGCGACUUUGUUUGGGGAAGAAACAGCAAUAGGAAGAUGGCCUCUGCCUCCUCCAUCUUCCAAAUCUCAUGCAAUUGCCUCUAACUGGCAGAACUUAACUGGCACCCAUACUCUAAGAACAAAGGAGUCUGGGAAAUGUAGUUCCUAGUUUCACAGAAUUGGCAGUACAGAAAGGCACCCUGAAAGGUGUAUAAAUGAGGAUUGAAUGAUCCAAAUCAUGGGAUCCACCUUUAUGAUAUUUAUAUUUUCAGCUAACAAAACAACAAGGACAACAGAUGCCACGUAUUGAGCAAUUCUUAUGCUCCUGAUACUAUUAUAUAAGCUCUUUUAUAUACACUAUGUCAAGUCCUCCCAACAAUUUUCUAAUGUAGAGAUUAUUAUUCCUGAUUUACAAAUGAAAAAGGCUGACGCCCAUAAAGGUCUUACAGGAGCUUAGGAGGUCAGGAUCAUCCCUUUAAAUGUCCAUACACAUGACUUGACUCAGGGUGAUCAUUUCAUCACUGUUGAGAGCUGGACCUGUUGCUUGGGAAAUUCGGGCCUUGGAUCUCCACUUUGCUUUGGGUGUGGACAGCUGGCUUGUGGAAAAAAGCUCCUUUUUACUGAUUGCUUUGACCACACUCUACACCCUUAAGGCCGCCUUGGUUUCAGAUACUAGCAGCUGCUGGAUCAUGUGUCUGGACUCCGUUUUGGCUUCCAGUUCUUCUUAUGUCCUCUCUGGGUAUUCAUUAUAAAUUUUCCCUCUUCCUCUAAGAAUAGCUCUGAGGCUUCAAAGCACCACCUUCUCUUUCCCUUGUGCAAUUCUCUUUCCAGGGCAGGCGCGAGUCUCUUACCCUCAUCUCCCAGCAUCCAGUACAGAGCCUGAUAGAUGGCAGAUCUCAACAAACGAUAAACUAGACUCAUCAGUCAGUGAGACAUGCCUUGGUACAAACUCUCUCCCCACAAAAACCAAGUUGUUUCUUUGUUUUUUGUUGAAAUAUUAAGCAAUCUGAGAGCAGAAAGAGGAAGAAAAACUAAAAAAUUGCCCAGGCUUAACUUAAUUGUAAGACCUAAAUCUAAUACUCACAAUUUAAUUUAACCUCAGAACUUUAAAAACUGUUUUCUAAUAUCAAAAGGUAACUUUUACUUGUACAACUGAUCAUUAGAAUUGUUGUUUUAUACUUUCAAAUGUAAAUCAUUGCUUUUUAAAAUUAAAUAUUUUGAAUUGGGAAGGUAUAGUAUAAAAUUCAAAAGGCUCAAAAUGGUAUUUAAUGAAAAUUAAGUCUUCUCUGGGCUUCCCAGGUGGCGAUAGUAGUUAAGAACCUACCUGCAAAU